AUGAAGGCGAGUGGUGUCUCUUGCCGAUGCUCUCUACACCUCUCCACCGUCGUCGUCUGUGCUCUUGCUGCUGUCGCUGCCGCUUCUCCCGCCCUCGAGACCAGGCAGUCGUACACCAAAUGCACCAAGAUCACCCAGGCGCAGGCCGAGGCUAGGUUGAAGGAGAACGACAUCACCUGGUCGUCCUCUGGCAACUGCAAGGACAAGACCAAGUCCAACUGCACCUCCCUCCAGGACAUCUGCAACCACACCAUCAGCGGUGUCAUCGCCUUGAAGAAGAGCGUCGGCAGGUCGUUGACCAUUACCGGCGGUACCGAGACCGGCCACGCCAGCGGCACCUACUCGCAUGGUGCUGGAUACAAGGUCGACCUCCGAAAGUUCAAGGAACUCGACGAGUACAUCACGAAGAACUUCAAGGAGAUUUCCAAGCGAGACUCGUACAGCCGAUAUCAGUCCCCCAGUGGGAACGAGUUCGUCGAUGAGAAAACCCACUGGGAUAUCACCUUCUUCUACUAA